UAUCCCUGUGCCAUAACAGUGUUUGGUGUACGGGUGGUACGCACGGGGACGACACGUAUAUGGUGUUUGGACAGCCGUUUACAAACUCGGCGUUUAAUGAUGAGGACAGAUAUUUGAGCGCAUAUUUUAUGUACCUCUGGUCAUCAUUCGCUAAAUUUGGUUCGGUAGGAAUAAGUACGGUGAAUAACCAGGCUUGGUUGCCCUACCAGCUCAAUAAUGGUGGUGUGAGUAUAAAUUGGAUGGAACUAAACCCAGAUCCUAAGAAACUUGGUCAUAUAACUGUUGAUGGCUAUCAGGGUAAUAAUGGCUUCACUCCGGCUGUUGUGCAGAAUUGCAAGAAUUUUUGGCAACCAAUACUGAAAUCCAUGUUUUAAACAUAAAAAAUACUCUUUAAAAACAAUA